GCUGAUCCUGGGAUCAACGUAUCUUACUGCAUAUUCAUAAGCUGUUGCCACUGUCCCUGUACCAGCAAUGGCAACUUCUAGCAGCAGCAGCAGCGAGGAGGAGCGUAGUCUUCGGGAAUGUGAACUUUAUGUCCAAAAACACAACAUCCAGCAACUUCUGAAGGAUUGCAUUGUACAGUUAUGCACAGUGAGACCUGAAAGACCCAUGGGAUUCCUCAGAGAAUACUUUGAAAGAUUGGAGAAGGAGGAAACAAAACAGUUGUUGAAUCAACAGAAGUCUGGUUCUCGCUCAGACUCACGGGAGGAUGAAAUCUCUCCUCCUCCUCCUAUGAACCCUGUGGUUAAGGGUCGAAGAAGGCGUGGGGCCAUCAGUGCAGAAGUCUAUACAGAAGAGGAUGCUGCAUCUUAUGUUAGAAAGGUUAUUCCAAAAGAUUAUAAGACUAUGGCUGCUUUGGCAAAAGCUAUUGAGAAGAAUGUGCUGUUUGCCCAUCUUGAUGAUAAUGAACGAAGUGACAUCUUUGAUGCAAUGUUCCCUGUCACUUACAUUGCAGGAGAGACUGUCAUUCAGCAAGGUGAUGAAGGUGAUAACUUCUAUGUUGUUGAUCAAGGAGAAAUGGAUGUUUAUGUGAACAGCGAGUGGGCAACCAGCGUUGGCGAGGGUGGAAGCUUUGGAGAGCUUGCCCUUAUAUACGGAACUCCACGUGCUGCAACUGUCAAAGCGAAGACGAAUGUGAAGUUGUGGGGCAUUGAUAGAGAUAGCUAUAGAAGGAUCCUGAUGGGGAGUACUUUGAGAAAGAGAAAGAUGUAUGAGGAAUUCCUUAGUAAAGUAUCUAUAUUGGUUGAGAAGGCGGAGUUACCGAAUGCCUUCAUUGCUUCAGUCUUUACUGCUAAGGCAGGCCCUCAGGAAUUCCAGAACCUUGGAGAUAAGAGGGGAAGCCUGGAGAAAGGAAUACUUUCCCUUGGUCGAGGAGGAUCGG